AUGGAAUUUAUUAGAAACAACAAAGGUGGUUUGCAACUUUGCUAUAAUGGGUACGCCUUCAACAAAAAAAAUAACAAAAAAACAACAAUGAAUGCAGUAUUAAGUGUCACACCUCAUACACAUCCAUCGAGUGAAUCAGAAAUUGAAAAACUCAAAGUAAUCAACAGGAUGAAACAAGCUGCAUGUUUAGUGUCAACGUCGAAACCAACACACGUAUACGCAUCAGAAUUGGUCAGCAUGAAUGAAGAUGUCAAAAGAAAAUUAACUUCAAAAGACCACAUGACAAGGAGACUUAGAUAUCAAAAAAGAAAACAUUUUCCAAAAGAACCUGAAUCUGCGACAGAUUUGAAUAUUCCGGACGAUUUUAAAACAAUUAGUAGCACAAGUGACACGCCGUUCCUCAUCUAUGAAGAAUUAUUCAGAGCUUUGAAGGAUGUUGCACAGAGACAUCAAUUAACAUUACAACCAACUGAUGUUAUGAUUGAUUUCGAAAUUGCCCCCCGGAGAGGAAUUCAAGACGUGUUUGGUCACCACGUUCAGAUUAAAGCAUGUUUUUUUCAUCUGACACAAAGUUCCUGGAGGAAAAUUAAUGAACUUGGAUUAAGUGCGACUUAUAAGCAAAAUGAAAACAUAAGACACUUUGUAGGAAUGGUCGAUGGGCUCGCCUUUCUACGAAUCCAAGAUGUGGAAGAAGGGAUAAUUUAUUUGUUAAAUAACAUCCCAAAUAAUGAUGACGACAUAAGAAAAUUUGUCAAUUAUUUUGAUGAAUUUUAUUGUCGUGGAAAAUUAAGAAUAGUGCCCGGCAAUAAUCCACUCACCAUACUUUUGAGGAGGACACCACCAGUAUUUCCCCCUGAACUUUGGAACAUGAAUGAAAUAACAGUUAGUGGGAAUGCUCGAACAAACAAUAUUUGCGAAGGCUGGAACAGUUCUUUUAGGAGUUUAGUGGGCCAUUCUAACCCGUCAAUUUGGAACUUACUGAGAGCUUUCCAGUUAGACAGAUCGAUGAAUAUCAAUGCAUUUAAUCAACUUCAAGAAGGUCGACCAACCUUGAAAAAAACAUCUCAACACACAAUUAACCAUCAACGAAGAUUGCGAAACAUUUGCAACGAUCUGAAUAAUGAGUUUGUUACCAUACCCAUAGCUUUACAAGCGAUAGGACAUACCAUACUACUUACAAGAGAUUACGAUUACAUUUAA